UUGUCAUCAAAAGCCAAACAUUUCAAAUUGAAACAGGCAACUACUAGUACGAAAUUUCAACUCCAACUCCAUACAUAUACACACAAACAUAAUCACCCUUCUUCAUCACUCCAAUCUUCAAGAAAAACCUCCCCACAAAAAAACAAAAAAAGAUGAAGAACCAAACCACCCUUGUCCUCCUCUCAAUAAUCUCCUAUCUCCUCAUCGCGACACAUGCAAGAAAACAAAUCCCCACCACUGCCGCCGCCACCGGAAAAUCAUGGGUCCGUACCAUCGUCCGAGGCAGCGAGAACAUAACACAGCUCCAUUUCUACGUCCACGACGUCCGAGCAGGCGAAAACGCCACCUUAUACCGCGUGGCAAACUCCUCCAUCACCGCAACCUCCCCCACCAGCUUCGGCUCGGUCAACGUCUUCGACGACCUCAUCACGGCGGAGCCCGACAUAAACAGCGAGCAAGUCGCCCGGGCGCAGGGAACCAGCACCUCCGCCGACCUCGUAAACCAGGCCGUCGCCAUCAGCAUGAACUUCUACAUAACGUCGGGAGAGUUCAGCGGGAGCACGGUCAGCAUUGCUGGAAGGAAUCCGGUGACGGAGGCGUCGCGAGAGCUUCCGGUGACCGGAGGCACCGGCGCCUUCCGGUUCGCCCGGGGAUAUGCCGUUACGACUACUUAUUUGCACGAUUCGGAGGCGAAUUAUAGUAUUCUUGAGUAUACGGUUUAUGUCACGUACUCAAAUGUGGCACUUUGGAGUGACAUGUAAAGUAUCUAUACCUCUAUGUUGGUAUCAUUAAGUACUACCCCAUAAUUUUAUUAUCAAAUGUCUUAUUAAAUAAUAAGGUUUAAUCCUUUGGUUUCGAUCA